CGCGCCUUGCAAGCGGUGAUAAACAGGCGGAGUAUAAAUACCAGAGAACUGCAGCUGCUAACUAGAUAGCUAGAUUUGUUUUCCUUGCAUGGUGUUGUAGCUGGAGAGAACACAAGCGAAGUUGAGGAGCAGCCAAGCGAAGGGUGGGGUCCGGCCCUGCCAUGUGGGUUGGCCUGGGGCUUGCCCUGGCUCUCUGUCUCCUCCCAGGAGGAGGGACGGAGAGCCAGGGUACCAGCAGCCGUUGCAGAGAGGCUCCAGAAUGGCGAAUUGGGGAAGAAGAUCCUAUGCUGGAUUCCAGGGGUACCGUCACGGUGGUAGCCCUUCUUCAAGCCAGCUGAUUCAUGUGCCUGUUGCAGGCUUCUAGAUUGGAAGAUCUGCAACUGAAGCUUGAAAGUGAUGGCUUGGUAAAUGUUUCAUUUGUGGUGAUCAAUCACCAAGGACACCAUUCCCAGUUGAAGUAUAACCAGCUAAGAGAGAAGGUUUCGGAAAACAUUCCUGUAUACCAGCAGGAUGCAAAACAACCUGAUGUCUGGACUACUCUAAGUGGAAAGAAGGAUGACUUCCUCAUCUACGACAGGUGUGGCCGUCUAGUGUAUCAUCUUGGUUUGCCUUACUCUUUUCUGAGUUUUCCAUAUGUGGAAGAAGCCAUUCAGAUCACAUACUGUGAAUCCAAGUGUGGAAACUGCUCUUAUCUGACUACAGAGAUCGAAGAUAUAUGCAGGAACAUUUCAAAAAAGGCAGAUGAAAAGCCAGAAGAGGCAGAACCUCCUGCCUCUCAGCACGACCACUCACCUCCCCUUGGCCAUCAAGGCCAGAAACCCCAUCACCGUAGACAUGGGCAUCGCCAGAACAACCGGCGCCAUCAAAAUAGAGGCGGUCAGGCAGGUAGUGAGGCUGUUGUAGAAGCUCCCCCACAACAACCAGCUGUGGAGGAUCCCCCCCAGAGAAAGAGGCUUUGACGAAAGGGGAAUGGCAUUUGCCAGAGGCAGUUGAGCUGAAACUGGCAGGAGCUGACAAGGCCCACUACAGGUAACUGAUGUUGACAUUGUCGGCACUUGCUGUUUGAAGAUCGAAGCAGCAUAGCCUCCUGACACUGUCGUGGUGAGCUCCCAUCUUCCUGCAGGUGACGCGGGCAGCUGUUGGCAGAGAAUGUCACUGAGUCUUGCCAGUGACGACUGCCAACGGCUGCUUGACAGCCAGCAGCAGCAGGUGAGCUUGAAACUUCAGAUGCCUGACAGUGAGUAGAAAGGGCAGAAAACUGAGCCUGAAAAACAAACUAAGCAUCUUAAGACACUAGGGAAGAGUCCUCAAUAUAGAAUGCAUUCAUUGAUAAUGCAGGCGUUGGUAUCAUCAGAUUUUUCCAAGCUGAUUGGAAGCACUUAUUGGCAGGAGCCAAAGAGAGUUAAAAUACAAUUGAGAGACUAUUACAUCAGUGAGCUUCCCAUCUGGUACCGUUAUGUGAAUGUCUGAAAGAACGCAACUUACGCAGCUCAGUCCAUGAACCAAUUAAGCCAGAGUACUUGAGUUUCAUGUUUUGCAACUGUAGUUGAGGGCUAUUGCUUAAUUGGCUUGCACUGAGUUGCUUGGGUAAGCUGAUUUGCCUUUAAAAAACAACAAUGAAAUUCUCAUAAUGGUACAGAUUUUUGUUUUCGGUGCCCAUUUAAAGUUUCUGCUACAUUUAGUUACCUCAUCUUUCUGGUUUCCUCUUCUACCAUCUGUUGCAUUUGUGAAGACAGAAGCAUAAACUAUAACCUAGGGGCUUCUGUUUGAUGUAUAGCAACCAAGAACAGAGGAGGAGAAAAAAGAUGUGUUAACUACUUAAAAACAACUGGGUUUUUUGAAAACCAAGUAAAUAUAUAAAAUGUGAAUUUCCCCCCCACUAAAACUUUAGAGCCACUUAAUGAUUGAACCGUAUUAUAGAAGUUGAAGUACUUUAAAAGUUUGUGUGAUGGCAGAUAUUCCAAACAAAGGGAUUUGCCAGAAUUUCUAACACCCAAGUAAUAGAUUUUGGACAGGCACAAGAUCCUAUGGCAGAAGACUAGAAUAGACCAUGUAUCUUUUUGUGUUUUUGUGCUAAGUAUCACAGCUAUUAUGCAUUUGGGGUGCAAGGUGAAGCUGUGAUAGAAUGGAACAGGGUCAAAAACAUCUGUUGAUCAGAUUUAAGUCUUGAUCUAUCUAUCUAUCUCACAUUUCCUGUUGGUUUGUCAUUCUUGGACUGGUUUUGGUCACUUUUAUAACAGAUUAAUGAAGCUUGUAUGUUUCUCUUUAGCUAAAUAGUAUGUCUCAUUGUUAACACCUUGUCUUUCUGAAAUGAAUUUUUUAGUGUUUGUGUGUGGAGGAUUUAGGCACGAAAGAAAAUGUUCAACACAGAAACUGCUUAGAUGGUGCUUGCUGUAGUUCAUGAUGGUUUCAUAGGGAAAGUCACUGCCCUGCAAACUUGAAUUUUUUUUAUGGUGAACACUUGUUAAGCAUGAAGUAGUUAAGAAUAUAACUGGAAAGCAUGUUUGUUGACGAUGGAUAAGAGAACUUUUAAUAAACCAAAAGAAGCAAUUAA